UGGCCGGCCGGGCUGGGGCGCGUCUGGCAGAGAUGGCGGCGGCGGCGGCGGCGGCUCCGGCUCCGGGUCCGUGCGGGGCGGGGGGUCCCCGCGUGUCCAGCGGCCGGGACCUGAGCUGCGUCCCGGAGGUGGCGGAGACGCUGGGGGCCGUGGCUCGGCAGGGGUUCGAUUUCCUGUGCAUGCCGGUCUUCCACCCACGCUACCGCCGGGAGUUCAGCCAUCAGCCGGCCAGCGGCCGCCCUGGCCCCCACACCCGCUCCGACCUGCUGCUCUCGGGGAGAGACUGGAACACGCUGAUUGUGGGGAAGCUCUCUCCCUGGAUCCGCCCGGACGCCAAGGUGGAGGCCGUCCGCAGGAACUCAGAGGCGGCAAUGCUGCAGGAGCUGAACUUUGGGGCUUACCUGGGGCUCCCCGCAUUCCUGCUGCCCCUGACGCAGGGCGAGAACCCCAACCUGGCCCGGGUGCUGAGCACCCACAUCCACACCGGGCACCACAGCACCAUGUUCUGGAUGCGGGUCCCCCUGCUGGCCCCUGAGGAUCUGCGGGACGACCUGAUCGAGAAUGAGCCGGUGCCGGUGCCCGAGGACGGCUCGGGAGACGAGAAGACAUGGAUAUGGUGGCACGAUUUCCGGACCCUCUGUGACUACAACAAGCGCAUUGCAGUGGCCCUGGAGGUGGGGCCAGACCUGCCCUCCAAUCACGUCAUCGACCGCUGGCUGGGGGAGCCAAUCAAAGCGGCCAUCCUGCCCACCAGCAUCUUCCUAACCAAUAAGAAGGGGUUUCCCGUCCUCUCCAAGAUGCACCAGCGCCUGGUCUUCCGCCUGCUGAAGCUGGAGGUGCAGUUCAUCGUGUGGGGCGCUCACCACCACCCCGAGAAGGAGUUCUGCUCUUACCUGCAGUACCUGGAGUACCUGAGCCAGAACCGGCCCCCACCCUCCGCCUAUGAGCUCUUCGCCAAGGGGUACGAGGACUAUCUGCAGUCCCCCCUGCAGCCCCUGAUGGACAACCUGGAGUCCCAGACUUAUGAGGUCUUUGAGAAGGACCCCAUCAAAUACUCCCAGUACCAACAGGCGAUCUAUAGGUGCCUGCUGGACCGGGUGCCUGAAGAGGAGAAGGAGACGAAUGUGCAGGUAGUGAUGGUGCUGGGGGCCGGCCGGGGCCCCCUGGUCAAUGCCACGCUGCGGGCGUCCCGCCAGGCCGGCCGGCGGGUGAAAAUCUAUGCCGUGGAGAAGAACCCCAACGCUGUGGUGACACUGGAGAGCUGGCAGUACGAGGAGUGGGGCUCGCAGGUGACCGUGGUAUCGUCUGACAUGCGGGACUGGACAGCCCCUGAGCAGGCCGAUCUCCUGGUGUCGGAGCUGCUGGGCUCCUUUGCUGACAACGAGCUGUCCCCCGAGUGCCUGGACGGGGCGCAGCACUGCCUGCGGGCGGGUGGCGUGAGCAUCCCCAGCACUUACACGUCCUUCCUGGCACCCAUUUCCUCCUCCAAGCUGUACAACGAGGUGCGCGCCUGUCGGGAGAAGGACCGGCACCCCGAGGCGCAGUUCGAGAUGCCCUAUGUCGUGCGGCUCCACAACUUCCACCAGCUGGCACCACCCCAGCCCUGCUUCACCUUCCACCAUCCGCACCCAGACCCAGACCGGGACAAGAGCCAGUACCGGCAGCUGGAGUUCGCGGUGGAGGUGAACACGGUGCUGCACGGCUUCGCCGGCUACUUCGAGACCACGCUCUACGGCGACGUCACACUCAGUAUCCGGCCAGAGACGCACUCCCCCGGCAUGUUCUCCUGGUUCCCCAUCUUCUUCCCCAUCAAGGACGCGUCUGAGAGCCGCUCAAGCCCGGAGUCUGCCCUGCCCUUCGGGGGUGGGGCACCCCCGGCGCGCUCCAUGGAGCCGGGGGUCUCGAAUCCGCUGCAGGAGCCCAGCUCGGCCGACGCCAUGACGCCCGACGACUUCGACAUUGUCAUCGAAGCCAUGCUGGAGGCGCCUUACAAGAAGGAGGAGGCCCAGGCAGGACCCUCGAAGGCGCCAGCUGAAGCCCCUGCGGCUCAGCCCCCGGAGGAGCAGAGCAAGGAGGUGAAGAAGGAGAGUGCCAGCAGCAGUAGCAGCAGGAAAAAGAGGAGUCGGAGCCGUGAGCACAGACACAGCCGGGACCAGGAGCGGCGGCGGCGCAGUAGCCGGAGCCGGGAGCGCCGGAGCCGCCACAGGAGCCGGAGCCGGGAGCGCCGGCGGGGGAGCCGUUCCCGGAGCCGGGAGCGCCGGCGCGAGGAGAGAGCCCGGUACCGCAGCCCCCCACUCCCCGGGCGCCGGUUUGGACACAGUAAGAGCCCCCUGUACCGGGAGAAAAGCCCCGUGCGGGAGGCACUGGGCAGCCUGAGCCCCGAGGAGCGGGACGCUCGCACCGUGUUUUGCAUGCAGCUGGCCGCCCGUAUCCGCCCCCGCGACCUCGAGGACUUCUUCUCCGCUGUCGGCAAGGUGCGGGACGUGCGGAUCAUCUCGGACCGGAACUCGCGGCGCUCCAAGGGCAUUGCCUACGUGGAGUUCUGUGAGAUCCAGUCGGUGCCGCUGGCCAUCGGGCUGACGGGGCAGCGCCUGCUGGGCGUGCCCAUCAUCGUCCAGGCCUCCCAGGCGGAGAAGAACCGGCUGGCGGCCAUGGCCAGUGCCCUGCAGAAGGGCAGCGGGGGGCCCAUGCGGCUCUACGUGGGCUCCCUCCACUGCAACAUCACCAAGGAGAUGCUGCGCGGGAUCUUCGAGCCCUUCGGCAAGAUUGACAGCAUCGUGCUGAUGAGGGACCCAGACACCGGCCAGUCCAAAGGCUACGGAUUCCUGACGUUCGCGGAGGCAGAAUGUGCCCGCCGGGCGCUGGAGCAGCUGAACGGGUUCGAGCUGGCCGGGCGCCCCAUGCGCCUGGGGCACGUCACCGAGCGGCUGGACGGCACCACGGACAUCUCCUUCCCCGAGGGCCCCGAGGAGACCGAGCCUGGCUCCGGUGGCGGGCUGCAGCUGCUGGCCAAGCUGGCUGAAGGCUCCGGGAUCCAGCUGCCGGCUGCAGCUGCGGCUCAGGCCGCCCUUCAACUGAACGGCGCCAUCCCGCUGAGCGCCCUGAACCCUGCCGCCCUGACAGCUCUGAGCCCGGCGCUGAACCUGGCCUCGCAGACACUGGCAUCCCAGUGCCUCCAGCUCUCGGGGCUCUUCUCCUCCCCGGGCAUGUAGCGACCUCCCCCCCACGGACCCUGGGGCUGGAGUGGGGGCUGGGCUGCCAGGGCCUCCCGCGGAGUCAGAGCUCCAGGGGCAGAAAUGGGGCUGGGGGGGGCACGAGCAACAAACCACCCCCCCUGCCCCGCGGACUUUGCCCUGACCUCGCAGGGGCCCAUCUCGGGGAGCGGGGGCUAAAUGGGGGCACCUGGCUCUGCCCCCUGGCCCUACCCAGCCCCUCCCCCCUGCCAACAAGUGGGUUUUUUUUCUUCUUUUUCUUUUAUUUUCUUUAUGGAAACAAAUUAAAAACAAUUACCACCAAAAAA